AAGUGAAGAAUCAUCUCUCUCUCUCUCUCUCUCUCUCUCUCUCUCUCUCUCUCUCUCUCUCUCUCUCUAUCUAUCUUCUUCCGAUUGAUCCUCUCUUCUCUAUUUGGCUUCUUCGGAACUCUUCGAUCCUCUUCUUGAUUGAAUCGAUCUGAUCAGAGUCGUCACCAAUCUCUCGUGCGAGUGUUUAUUACCAUCCACGAUCAUCUGAUCUUAUCCGUUUCCACUUGAAGGAAGGAAGAUGAGGUCGCUUCAAGCACCAGUUGUAUGCCCUGCGAUUCGUCCAAGACAAGUUGGUGGUGCAUGUGCUUCACUUGUCAACUACACUGGUUUGAAACCUAGAAGCCAAUUCUGGGGUAAUCAUCGGAACAAAGGUGUCAAGUCUCAUCAGGUUACCACAACAACAAUCACUCUUAGAUUCUGCAACAGGAGUACUAUUAAGUGUGUUUUCAGCUCUCACUCUGAUGGUACUGGAAGCACCGCUGAGAAUUUUAAUGAACACGAUGAAGAUUAUGUUAAAUCUAGUGUUAUGGAAGCUGUUGAAGUAAGGAGUGGAUCAGAUGGUUUCAUGGUUAAGAUGAGGGAUGGUAGGCAACUACGAUGUGUUCAUAACAAUCCUCAAGGAGGUCAUUUACCAGAUUAUGCUCCACACCCUGCUAUUGUUUUGAAAAUGGAAGAUGGAACUGGUCUUCUCCUUCCCAUUAUCGUCUUGGAGAUGCCAAGUGUAUUACUCAUGGCAGCAAUGACCAAUGUCCAAAUUGCAAGACCUACCAUGUAUCAAGUGGUGAAGGAAAUGGUGGACAAAAUGGGUUACGAAGUUAGACUUGUUAGAGUCACCAAAAGAGUUCACGAGGCGUACUUUGCCCAGUUGUACCUUUCAAAGGUGGGUAAUGCCUCGGACUGUAUCAGCUUCGACCUUCGGCCUUCAGAUGCAAUUAAUAUAGCAGUUAGAUGCAAGGUACCUAUCCAAGUGAACAAGUACCUUGCAUAUAGUGAUGGAAUGAGAGUCAUUGAGUCAGGAAAGCUAUCAACACUGGCACCUGCUUCAGAUGGUUUACUAUUUAUUGAACAAGACCGACCAAAUGGUCAAGCUUGUCUUGAUACGAAAGAGUUUAAUAUUUUGAGCAACAUGAUGCAAGCUGUUGAUGAAGAGCGAUAUGAUGAAGCCGCUGAGUGGAGAGACAAGCUUGGCAAGUUUCGGGCCAAACGUAACCUGAAGAAAUACACAUAAGAGAGUUCGAUCAACAGUUAUUGGCUGUGUACAUAACAAGAAGAAAGUCAUUGGUCGGAAUCAAAGUGGAGGAAGGAAGAAGCCUGAAGUGUCGCCUCUGUAUGAUGGGAGAUGGAAGAUGGAAGAAUGCUUCUGCACUUUACCCAUUUCCCAAAAAGAAAAGAAAAAUGUAUAAUGUAUGUAGUGUGAUGUGUACAUAUUACUUGUUAAUCUAUGCAAAUUAAGCUCGCUCUAAUUAAUCAGAAGUCUACUCUUGUGUUCGGCGUUGU